AUGCCUUUGGAAUACGCAGAAGAAAUUGAAAUUACCCAAGAAGUUACAAGCUCUGAUCAAGAAGGAGUGACAACCGCACUUCAACGUUAUGAAAAUAGAAUUAAUAAUCUUGAAAAUACUAUUCAAGAAGGAGUGAUAACCACACUUCAACCAUAUGCAAAUAGAAUUAAUAAUCUUGAAAAUACUAUUCAAGAUAAUUCAGCUCUUCGAGAAAGAAACUAUCAACUUCACUCAGAACGAGUUGAAGUUAUACAACAGAAAAAAAUCUUUUUAAAUAAUUUAAAAAUGUUUAAAUUUAAAUUUUUAGAUUUUAUGGAUGAAGAAGUAGAACUGAAUUUUGAAGGUUGGAAUGAAAAAGAAGAAAAUUGGCCAGAAUAUCAACAGGAAGAAGAAAAUCCUUGGAACUGCGAUGAAAAAGAAGAAUCCACUUGGUCAAUAAACAAUGAAGAGGUUGAAGAACCAACCACCUCACUAUCCAUUGAACAAGAGAAUCCUUCUGAUGUGGUUGUUGGAAAGACCAAUGAUAACUAUUAUUUUGAAUUUGGAUUGCUGGUCUUGGUGUUGGUGUUAAUGCCUUUUUCAAUGGUAUUAAGCUGGAUUUGUUGCGCUCUAUUGCUGUAUAGAGCAAAAUUCUUGUUAGCAAAAUUGAGAUUAGCAGACGGAGAUUACGUUACUCUUCUUGACCCUCUCUCAAUACGAUACAGUCAGAUGUCUAUCAGAGAUGUCUUUCAACAUUCUAACAGACCCAUCGAAGACACGAUAAACCAAUUAUUGGAAGAUGGAAUUGAUUCAUCUCUCGCAGUGUCAAACACGAACGGUCAAAUCUUUUUUUACAUUCCUUCAAAAAUCUUGGGAGAACGUACCAAGUAUCCCAGUGCGAUUCUUGCUAAAACGAUGACCGAAGCUGCUGGUAUCUCUUCGGUAGUUGGUCGUUUCGG